GUGGCUGGCCGGUCCCCUCCUCUGCCGGUCUCCGUCACGGCCAAGGUGCUGCCGCUGUCGGCGUGGUCGCUCGUCCGAGUCGCAGAGAGGGAAACUGAGGCACGGAGUGUGCGACUUGUCCGAGACUUGACGGCUGGCGGAGGGCUGUGACACUGCCUGCUGAUGCGCCCCCUGCCUCCCGGCUCGCCCCUCUGUGCAGCCGUCCAUCUGAUGACUUGUGAGACCGUGCUACGUCCUUGGCGUACAGUCCUUCGGUGCCUCUCACUGACAGUCAAGUGUACGGAGAUGGAAUAAAGUCCAUUAACAGCCCCGUGCCCCUGCUUCCCACCGAGGCCCAUGGCAGCCUCAUAGUGCGGCGAAAACAGCCAAGGGUACAGGGACAGCAGCUCUGCUGAGAAGCCAGGCCGAGAGGACCAGGGGCCGGGAGCUGAGCAGACUCUGCAGACACGCCUUCCUGAACCCCCUGGAGGUCAGACGCCAGAGUGCCUGGUCAGGCGUCCGGUUUCAGCCGUGUUCCCGAGAAGCAGACUUCCCUGAUGAGCUGUGCGGGCCCACCCAGCUGUGACCAUGCGUCUGCAUUCCCAGGGAGAGGGAGCCAUCCCUCAAACUGCGCAUAGUCCAUCUGCCACAUCAGAACAAUGUCCUACGUUUUUGUUAAUGAUUCUUCUCAGACGAAUGUACCUUUGCUACAAGCGUGUAUUGACGGAGACUUCAAUUAUUCCAAGAGGCUUCUGGAAAGUGGCUUUGACCCAAAUAUCCGUGACAGCAGGGGCCGAACGGGCCUGCACCUCGCAGCAGCCCGGGGCAACGUGGACAUCUGCCAGUUGUUGCACAAAUUCGGUGCUGACCUUCUGGCCACAGAUUACCAAGGAAACACAGCGCUGCACCUCUGUGGCCAUGUGGAUACCAUCCAGUUCUUAGUUUCCAAUGGACUCAAAAUUGAUAUUUGCAACCACCAAGGUGCUACUCCCUUAGUGCUGGCAAAGCGCAGGGGAGUGAAUAAAGAUGUCAUCCGAUUGCUGGAGUCUUUGGAAGAACAAGAAGUGAAAGGAUUUAACAGGGGAACACACUCAAAACUGGAGACCAUGCAAACCGCGGAGAGCGAAAGUGCCAUGGAAAGCCAUUCUCUCCUCAGUCCCAACCUACAGCAAGGCGAAGGAGUCCUGUCCAGCUUUCGCACCACAUGGCAGGAGUUUGUAGAGGACCUGGGCUUCUGGAGGGUGCUGCUGUUGAUCUUUGUCAUUGCCUUGCUGUCUCUGGGCAUUGCCUACUAUGUGAGUGGGGUGCUGCCGUUUGUGGAGAACCAGCCUGAACUGGUACACUAAGGCGCUCGAGGGAGACGGGAGGCAAGCACGUGUGUGGUCUCAGUUUCUCAGAGUUCUUAGUGCAAGGCAGUGAGGGCUGUACAUCUUUCCUUUUGCAUCCUCCCCCGUUGUAAUCCUUGUAGAAGAACGAUGUGUUCAUGUAACCUACCUGCAUACCAUACUCAAAUACCCUGAUCCCAGCACUACCUCUGACUCGACCUGGCAUCUAAGGACAUACCUGCACAUAGCCUUGUCUGAGGAGAGCUUGGAUGUGACCAGAGAAUGGAAGGUAAAGGAAGAGUGGAGGACGACCUUGGGCUGGGAGCUUCCCCCGAGAGAGGGCCAGCUGAAGUGUGGAGAAAGACGAGGGCUCUCACGUGACUACUUUUUCUUGGAGGCUUUGAUUUUGAUUGUGUUUAUUUGUGCGAUGUUUUCCCUUUUCUCUUUCUGUUUACUUUCUCUGGGGAUGGAGAGGGAGUGAAACAUUUCAGAUUAAAACUUGAAGUGUUUUUUUCAAGUCCUGUACAGCUAAUUAGUAUUGUUAGAAUCUGGCUGGUUUAUUUUAAUAUUUUCAAGACUAGCCACAAGCCAAAUAGAACUUCAGAAAAUGAGCUGUGUUUUCUUCAAAAAUGAUUGAUUUGGUGUUAUAUUUAUUCAUUUUGGGGAUAAUUGUGAUUGUUUUGUAAACUGCUCUGCUUGUUAAUAUCUGAGGAAGAAAAGCUUGAGGGAGUCAUUUUGAUAUCUUUUUUAGUUUCCCUUCGUGCUUGUUUUAAAGGUAUCUUGCUCAUCAAAACCAGUCAGAACCACCUCCCCUUUUGUUAACUGAAGAGUUAGCAGGGGAAAAUAAUUCUGAUUUUGAACUGCCACUAUAAUUAUAUUGUGUUACUACAGUAAAAAAAAAAAAAAAUUCAGUGCUCUAAGCUAGCUGUGUUGUAACUGUUCCAUGUGCAGCCCUGUUGGGAGGCCCUGUCGGUUAGCAGUGCCUUCCGUCUCAGUAAUUCUCUGCUGAUGAGAAUGAGUUAAUGGUGCUGAGCCAUAUGGCACUGGGGGUCGUAGACGCUCUGUGCAGUCACGUCGUGUACAGGGAGAAUCUGGCUCCCAGCCUGGGCGCAGGUCUCAGCAGUGAGCUUGGAGACCUCUUUUGUUCGAGGUUCUGUAGAAUGUGAAUCAUAGUCUUGGGUUAUUAGGGGAAACACAUGAAAGCUUGAUCGUUGCUCCUUGAAUCAGGAAAUUGUAAUCAAAGAAUUAAUGGUUUUAUUUUUUAAGACAGAGGCACCUAAGCUACUGCUAAGUGAGCUGUAGCUAGAAUUAGAGGUUAUGUUUAGAAUAGAAUUGGUAUUUCUGUGAUUCUUUUGCUUCUUGAUAUUUUCUCUUUUAUAUUUGUGUAUCUGAUAUGAAGGCUUUUUCUUUCGUGCGGCUUUAUUCUCUGUUAAAGAGCUGUAGCCUCAGGAUCAGCCUGCCGCCGUAUGUUGCUUUUAGGCUCAAUAUAACAAGAGCAAAAACAGCUGGCUUUAGAAUGGAGAACACUAGAACUCAGAUGCUGCGAGUUCAGAGUGAAAGCUUUGGGAUUCGCAUGACUCUUUUGUUUCUUUUUAAUAAAUCUAAGCAGAUAUGCACAGCUGGUGAAUUAUGUAAACGUAUUACUUUUUUAUGAUUAAUGUUUCCUUUUAAGUGCUGAUUUCCUUGAAGUCUGUUCUCUGCAUUCAUCUUUCAAUAAUACAACCAAUAAAUGUAUUUAUGAAUCCCUCAAUCACAAUUCA